AUGCUUGUGCUUACCUUUGAUUUUUAUUGUGUUGCAGGUACUGAAAUGGAACAUAUGUUUUGGAUUUUUUUAAUUUUUUGCCAGAUCUUUUCAGUGGGAGCUCAGUUCAAUGGAUACAACUGUGAUUCCAACUUCCAUAGUCGCUUCCCUGCUGAGCGGGAUAUCAGUGUGUACUGUGGGGUUCAAACUAUCACUCUUAAGGUCAACUUUUGUCCGGUACUUUUCUCUGGCUACACUGAUUCAGAUUUGGCUCUAAAUGGUCGUCAUGGAGAUGCACAUUGUCGAGGAUUUAUUAAUAACAACACAUUUCCUACAGUUGUGAUCUUUAGUAUUAGCUUGGCAACAUUGGAGUCAUGUGGAAAUGUCCUGUUGGUGUCCACAGCUCAGGGACCCAAUGCCUAUGGAAAUCUCUCUCUGGUGCAAAUUGGAAACAUAUCAGGUUAUAUUGAUACCCCAGAUCCACCUACUAUCAUCAGCUAUCUUCCAGGUUUACUCUACAAAUACAGUUGCAGUUACCCCCUGGAGUACCUGGUCAACAACACACAGCUGGCCUCGUCGUCAGCUGCAAUCUCAGUGAAAGAAAGCAAUGGUACAUUCAUCAGCACGCUGAAUCUGCUGCUUUACAAUGACUCAUCAUACAUUCAGCAGCUGUCCAUUCCUGUAGCAGGACUGACUCUGAAGACACGAGUGUUUGCAGCUGUCAAAGCCACCAACCUGGACAGGAGAUGGAACGUUCUAAUGGACUAUUGUUACACUACACCCUCUGGGAACCCGAAUGAUGAGCUUCGCUAUGACCUUUUCUUUAGCUGUGAUAAGGACCCACAGACUACUGUCCUUGAGAAUGGGAAAAGCCAAAUGGGUCGCUUUGCCUUUGAAGUAUUCCGUUUUGUCAAGCACAAGAAUCAGAAGAUGUCCACUGUGUUUCUGCACUGUGUUACCAAGCUAUGUCGAGCAGAUGACUGUCCUAUGCUAAUGCCAAUCUGUGGCAGCAAGAAAAAGAGAGCACUUUCCGAAGAGAAACAAUCAAUCAAGUCAUCAGGAAAUGCUGUUCUGACUGCGGGGCCCAUCAUCACUCGAAGUGAUCAAACACCAAGUAAUAAUUCUCAGCUGGCUCUUCUGAAUCCCCCAGAGUUUCACAUGAACACAGUGACCAGCAUACUCAUCUCAGGAGUGAUCAUUCUGAGUGUUAUAAGCAUUUGCUUCUUCCUCUUCUCCCUAGUGCUCCCAAAAGGCAGGAGUUCUCCUGUCACCACUGUGUCUGGUGUCCGAAACACGGCCUUCAGUUGA